GAGCCCUCGGCAACCUCUUCGACCGCGUUGUCUACGGCCACGUCGUCGACUUCGUGCUGCUGCACGCGGGGGGCUGGACCUGGCCAGCCUUCAACGUCGCGGACGUGGCCAUCAAUGCGGGCGUGAUCCUGUUCGCCGCACGCCCAGCGGGCGGGCCGCGCGCGCCAUCAGAUGGGCCUCUGGGCCGUGGAUGCCAAGGAGGAGGAUCGGGGGCCAGCUCACCGCCGUGGACGACAACGAGCGGAGCUGGCCAAGAUUACGGCAACUUGAUAAACGACGGCGCCAAGGAGCCAGUGGAGUUCAACUCGAACCACCUGGAUUCCUGA